AUGAAGAUGCUCACGGUCGUCUCCUUCCUCCUCGUUGCCACAGCCCUCGGGUCCCAGGCUGAGUUCUCAUCACGAGGACCCUACCACCCUGCCGAGUGCUGCCUCACCUACGUUCCUCAUGCCAUCCCGCUGGACCGGAUUUUAGAUUAUUAUGAGACCAGCAGCCAGUGCUCCAAGGCUGGAGUUGUUUUCAUUACCAAGAAGGGCCGUUCCAUCUGUGCCAACCCCAGGGAUGACUGGGUCCAGGACUACAUCAAGGACCUGGAGGAGAGAUGA